AUGGGAACGUUCAUCGGACACAUAGCACCAGGUGUCUUUUUUAUUUUCUUUGCUUUCUGGUGGCAUAUUCAUAAUUGUGCACGCUACAUAAAGUCACUUGCGAACGAAACUGAUGAAAAAACAAAACGAACAAAGAAUAAAUUUCAAGGUUCAACAACCUAUCCUUGUUACUGUAUACCGGGAAAAAUCGUUCCUCGUUUGCCUAUUGAAAGUAUUAUGAAAAUUCUUAUUACGUCGAUACAUUUUUCAAUUGAACUUAUUGGUGGUUAUUACAGUGAGCCAACGCCUCAUAUUGGUGAAGAAAAUGCUCAUCAUACAGCGAUGCUUUUUGGCUUUUUUCUUGGCGCUUGGGUUGAAAUUUUAGUUCACUGUAAAGCACCAUUACCUACACGCAUCACACAGGCUAUGGGAUUUUUAGCAUUUGCGAUGGAAUGUCUUAUGAUGGCGUUUCAUUUGCACGCACGAAGUAUGGUUGACGGUCAUAUUCAUGUAUUACUUGCUUUAACAAUAGCUUGUUCAAUGAUCGGAGCUCUAGCAGAAUGUUUUGACCCAAAUAACUUUUGGUUUAUUGUUGCACGAAGCUUCUUUGCCUUAACUCAAGGUACAUGGUUUCUUCAAGCAGCAUAUGUUAUUUGGCCUCAAACAACAAAUCCAUAUUUUGUUUGGGAUCAAAAUUCGCAUAGAUCUGUUUCAAUAUUAACAAUGUGUUAUGCUUAUCAUUUGGCUGGAAAUGCGUUUUUACUCAUCGUUGGUUAUUUAUUAAUUCAUAUGUUUGUAUCAUCGCCAAUGAAAUGGAACCAUAAUCAAAUUGACGAUGAUGAACCCAUCGAUGAAUAUAAAUUAAUAAUGAAUGGAAAUGACGAAGAAAAUGGAGUUUAA